AUGCCGCCCCCUCUCCUCCUCUUUGUCCUCCUCUUCCUUAUUCCAGUAGGAGUCAGGCCACGGCAACAAGUGCUGGUUGAAGAGGGAGACGAUGCCACGCUGCCGUGUUUAAAGAACACCUCAGAUGAGUCCCCUGUGCUCCUGGCCUGGUAUCGGGGGUCCCAGCCAGUGCCACUCUUAGAGCUAAGCCUGGGGUUACCAGGCCUGGGCAUCCAGGUGGGGCCCCGGGGCAUCCUGCUGCUCAUCUUCAACAUCUCGGACCAGAUGGGGGGCUUCUACCUAUGCCAGCCAGGGCCCCCCUCCGAGCAGGACUGGCAGCCUGGCUGGACAGUCAGCGUGGAGGGCAGCGGGGAGAUGUUCAGGUGGAAUGCUUCAGACCUAGAUGGCCUAGGCUGUGACCUGUGGAACAUGUCCUCAAAGGGCCCCAGGCCCUCUUCUGGUUCCCCCACUAGCUCCCAGGCAUACGUGUGGGCCAAACGUCACCUUAAGACCUGGGAGGCAGACCCUGUGUGUGUCCCACCUCGGGGCAGUCCAAACCAGAGCCUCAACCAAGACCUCACCGUGGCUCCUGGCUCUGAACUCUGGCUACACUGUGGGGUGUACCCAGCCACCGAGGCCAAAGGCCCCAUCUCCUGGACCCAUGUACACCCCAAGAAGCCUAACAUUUCAUUGCUGAGCCUUGACAUGAAGGAGGAUUCCCUAACCAGAGAGAUGUGGGUGCGGAGGAGCCUCUUGGGAGGGAAUGUUCUGUGGCUACCCCAGGUCACAGUUAAAGAUGCCGACACCUAUCGAUGUCACCAUGGCAACUUGACCAUCGAGUUGGAGCUGAAAGUCACUGCCAGGCCAGUAUGGCGCUGGUUGAUGAAGACUGGUGGCUGGAACGUCCCAGCUGUGACUAUGAUUUAUAUGCUCUUCUGCUUGGUUUCUCUGGUGGGCUUUCUUUAUCUUCAGAGUGUCCUGAUCCUGAGGAGGAAAAGAAAGCGAAUGACUGACCCCACCAGGAGGUUCUUCAAAGUGACAGGAAACGGGGCCCAGAACCAGUACGGGAACGUGCUGUCCCUGCCCACGACCACCUCCGGCACCGGACGCGCCCUGCGGUGGGCUGCUGGCCUCGGGGGCGCCGCCUCGCCCUAUGGAAGCCCGCAGAACGACUACCGGGAGGAUGAAGCCUCGAGGACCCGGAGCCCACAGGGAGCUGACCUGAAAGAAGAGGAAGGGGAGGCCUAUGAGGAGCCGGACAGUGAGGAGGUCUCUGAGUUCUAUGAGAACGACGACGCCAACAACCUAGCGCAGGACCAACUCUCCCAGGAUGGCAGCGGCUAUGAGAACCCUGAGGACGGGGACUUAGGUUCUGAGGACAGGACUUUGGGUCCUGAGGAUGAGGACUCCUUCUCUAGCGCUGAAUCUUAUGAGAAUGAGGAUGAAGCGCUGGCCUCUCCAGUCCCCCGGGCAGUAGACUUCCUGAGUCCCCAUGGGACUGCUUGGGACCCCAGCCGGGAGGCAACCUCUCUUGGGUCCCAGUCCUAUGAAGAUAUGAGAGGGAUCCUGUAUGCAGCCCCCCAGCUCCGCUCCCUUCGGCCUCAGCCUGGUGCCAAUCAUGAGGAAGAUGCAGACUCCUAUGAGAACAUGGAUAAUCCUGAUGGGCCAGAACCAGCAUGGGGAGGAGGUGGCCACAUGGGGACCUGGAGCACCAGGUGACCCCCUCCAGCUUGGGCCUCCUCAGGCCCGAGAUCCACAUCUGACUGAAAUCUGGGAACCCCAAGG